AUGACGUUUCGAUUCGUAAAUUUGGAUUCAUCCGACACUCAGGUGGCCGCCACCGAGUGGUUGACGGCCCACCCGCUGCCACCAAUGAAGAAGCCCUCCCCGCUGGGCCGGCCGCCGCGAAAACCUCACGUCGGCACUAUCUCCACCAUCCGCAACAUCAUCACCAACAAGUCCAACGAGUCGAACAAGUCGACCUCCUCGAAGAAGAAGGAAAAGAUGUCCGCCUCCGGGUUGUUGACCGCCGGCCGCGACAAGUUGGAGAUCGUGGACGCAGGAGUCGAGGGCGGAAAGGAUGUUGAAGGAAAAGCCGGCCGACCGGAUGCUGGCUGCGUCGCCGAACAACCUGCCCGCGCCGAAGUUCCGCUCCCGCCACCAGCUGCCUCCAAUGAAGAUGCCCUCUCGGCUGAGCCGGCAGCCGCAAAAAGUAGGUUCCCG